AUGGCUCCUUCUGCAAUCGAGAAGAUCACGUCGACUGUGUCCUCCUUUGCGUCUGAUCGACUCCGCAUCCUUGUUCCUGAGAAGGUCUCAUCAGAUGGCCUUGCCCUGCUGAAGGACAAGUACGAUGUCGACAACCGCGCGGGGUUGUCUCCCGAAGAGCUCAUCGAAGCGAUCCCCAACUACCACGCACUGAUUGUACGGUCCGAGACGAAAGUGAAUGCGAAUGUACUUGCUGCCGGCAGGAAGCUCCGUGUCGUUGCACGAGCCGGUGUGGGCGUGGACAACAUUGACGUCGACGCAGCGACAAACCAGGGUAUCAUUGUCGUCAAUUCGCCUUCUGGCAACAUUGUUGCCGCUGCUGAGCACACGAUUGCCCUCCUCCUCGCCACGGCUCGCAAUGUCGGCCGCGCCGAUACCACAAUGAAGGAUGGAAAGUGGGAGAGAGGCAAGCUAGUUGGAGUCGAAGUUGGCAACAAGACUCUCGGUAUCAUCGGCCUCGGCAAGGUGGGAAUGAAGGUUGCUCGAAUGGCCAUAGGCCUCGGCAUGAAAGUGAAAGCGGUCGAUCCAUAUGCCAGCGCAGAAAUUGCUGGCCAGGCCAACGUCGAGCUGGUAGCCGACCUCAAGAGUCUAUUGCCGAUCGUAGACUUCUUGACCAUCCACACUCCGCUGAUGGCGAGUACACUCGACUUGCUGAAGGAGGAGGAGUUCCAGCAAAUGAAGAAGACUGCUAGAGUCCUCAAUGUUGCGAGAGGCGGCGUGUACAACGAAGCAGCGCUUCUUCGUGCGUUGGAUGAGGGAUGGAUCGCCGGAGCUGGUCUCGAUGUCUUCACGGCAGAGCCACCAGUCGCUGACUCGACAGCCUCUCAGCUGACCCGGCACCCCAAAGUGGUCGCCACCCCUCACCUGGGAGCCUCUACUGUCGAGGCUCAAGAGAACGUUUCAAUGGACGUCUGUACGCAAGUGUCCGAGAUUCUCCGCGGUGGAUUGCCAACAGCAGCCGUCAAUGCACCAUUGAUCAUGCCGGAGGAGUAUCGCAAGUUGCAACCAUUUGUGCGUCUUAUCGAAAAGAUGGGCGGGCUAUACACGCAGCACUUUGUCGGUAGUCGAGGUGGUAUGAUUGGUGGCCGGAAAUUCGAGCUCAUCUACCAGGGCGACCUGGCGAGCAUCUCCAAUACACGACCGUUGUACGCCGCGCUGGUAAAGGGACUCGUCUCAUCCAUCAGCGACUCAGGCGGCCGAGAUGUCAACAUCGUAAACGCCAGCCUGACGGCCAAGGAGAAAGGCAUCAUCAUUAGCGAGACGCAUAGCGGGGAAGCGAAGAACGCAGUGUAUGCCAGCUUGGUGACGCUCCGAUCACAUGGCGCGGAUGGCGAGCAGGUCAUCGAGGGAUACGUGUCGGGGCAGAGCAUCUACAUCUCGAAGCUAGACCGGUUCAGCGCAACUUUCCAGCCGCACGGAACGAUGUUGGUGCUGCACAACUAUGACGAGCCGGGCAAGAUUGGCGGUGUCGGUAUGGUGCUGGGCCAGCAUGGGAUCAAUAUCACCUUCAUGCAGGUGGCCAGCUUGGACGGCAAGGAGAGGAAGGCAGAAGGAGGCAAUGAGGCAUUGAUGAUACUGGGCGUUAGGGGAGAGAUAAGCGGUAAAGUGGUGGAUGAUUUGCAGCGGGAAGAGGGUAUCUUGAACGUGAGCUUGGUGAGGUUGUGA